AUGGAGCUUGAAUCUCGAAACGCGGCCUUGCAAUCGGACCUCGACGGCGCCAUUCAGGAAACCUCGAAGCGAGAAGACCCUUCCUGUUGGCUGCCUGAAUCACCACAAUAUUCACUGCAGGGUCACCAGGGCGCGGUAAACUGUGUCGCUUUCCACCCCAAGUUUUCUUCCAUUGCCUCUGGAUCAGACGACUGCACAAUAAAAAUAUGGGACUGGGAAUUCGGUGAGCUGGAACAGACCAUCAAGGGCCACACGCAAGCGGUCCGAGGCGUUGACUAUGGCGGUCCCCAAGGCGGCACCCUUUUUGCUUCAUGUAGCUCCGAUCUUACCAUCAAGCUCUGGGACCCGACGGACAACUACAAGAACAUCCGCACCUUGUAUGGCCACGAUCAUAGCAUUUGUUCCGUGCGCUUUGUAUCUUCUAGCGACGGAGAAUGGCGUCCUCGACAACUCGCUAGUGCAAGCGGCGAUCAUACUAUUAAGCUGUGGAAUAUUGAAAAUGGGCAUUGUGUCAAUACACUGCGAGGUCACACUGAUUGGGUCCGGUCGAUCUACCCGUCUGCUGACGGCCGAAUCCUCUUAUCAGCGGGCAAUGACCGGACGGCUCGCCUGUGGGAUAUAUCUUUGGCCAGCCCCGAGAGCACGUUGACUUUGGUUGGUCAUGCUCUCGGCAUCAAUUGCUGUGCUCUUGCGCCGGUAGCUGCACACCCGUACUUGGCAUCAAUGGCUCCCUCAAAAGCACCGGCGGUUCCCAAGGGUGUAGCUGAAUAUAUCGCCACAGGUUCUCGUGACAAUACGAUUAAGAUAUGGGAUGCUCACGGCACUUGCAUAAGAACGCUGAUCGGCCAUAAUAACUGGGUGACUGCGGUUGUGUUCCAUCCCGGUGGCAAGUAUCUGCUUUCAGUAGCGGACGACAAGACAUUGCGAUGCUGGGAUUUAACUCUGGGACAAUGCAUCAAGGUAUUGGAGGGCAUUCAUGAGCAAUUCAUCACUUGUCUUCAAUGGGUUCCGCAAGUGGCAAAGAGCAUACCUGCGUCUAACAGCGACAGCUCGGUUGCAACGCGGAGUGCAAAAUUGAAGAUGGGGUCUCCGGAUGACCAACUUCGCUGCAUUACUGCCACUGCAAGCAUGGACAUGACAAUCAAAAUAUUUGCAAGCUGA